AUGAAUGAAACUAGCAAUAUCAGCAGUAGUACAACCGGUGGCGUUUGUUCAUCGUGUCUUAAAGAAAUGCCUAUUGUUAUGACAUCAUCGUCAUCAUCCCGACUCUGUUCUAAUUGUAUAACAGAACUCAUCGAUCCACAACCACCACCACCACAACAACAGUCACAAUCACAUUUUUCUUCUGAUAUGAACAGUAAAUUCCCACUUUUUCCGUCAUCACAACCGUUACUAAACAUACAGCAGCAGCAGCAUCAACAACAACAACAGCAGCAGCAGCAAUCCCAAUCUACAAUACAACCACAUUUUUCUCCAUUAUCAUCGUCAUCAGCAUCUUCGACAUCAUCAAUAUCAUCUUCUAAUCGACGUUUUAGUACCUUCGAUCCAUUUACAUCCGGUAAUGAUUUAAAAACUAAUUUUCUUCAUCCGUUUUCUGACUUAAAUAAUGCUUUUUCACCAUUAACUUCAUCUAAUUUAAAUAAUAAUAAUGAUUUUGAAUCGACAUCAACAACAAAUGAUUUUAUGCGUUAUUUUCAUCAUUUUCUUAAUGGAAAUAAUCAUAAUAAUAUUAUUGAUCGUGAUAGUCCAGCUAGUAGUGUUCAAAGUAACGAUUUUUCCCCAUUACUUGCAUCAAGUUUACCUAAUAAUAAUAAUCAUUUACCAACACAAUCGAUAUUACAACGUCAACAUUCAGCUUUUUCAUCACUUGACUCAACAACAAGCUCAACACCAUCAUUAAAUCGUUUAUCAACAAAUGAUCUUCCAUCAUCAUUUUGUUGUUUUGCAAAUAAUCCUCCAUAUACAUAUUGUCUUGAAUGUGAAACAUCAUUAUGUGAAAAAUGUGCAUUAACACAUCCAAAAAUGCUUGGUUUUAAAGAUCAUCGACAACAAUUAUUAUCAGCACAAUUUAAUAAUAAUAAUAUUAAUAAUUCUCGAUCAAUUAUUGGUCAACCACCAAGACAACAACAACAACAACAACCACAACAACAGCAACAGUCACUACCACCAUCACAACCACCAGAUAUUUUACCAGCAGGCGCAGGUUAUAUUUUUUGUCAAGUACGUAUAGCACAACAAACACCAUUCGAUCUUCCUAUUAAUCGUUCAUCUAUAGGAAAUAAUUCUUCGAAUGAUUUUCAAUCAUUAUUUGGUUCAUUUUUUUCUCAAUUAUCACUUAAUACACCAAAUAAUGAAAAUACUAAUAAUAAUUCAACACCUUUAUCACCAACCAUAUCAUCACCGCCAUCAUCAUCAUCAACUAUAUUUUGCCAUGAACAUUCAACUUUAAAAGCAUCAUAUUAUUGUGAUAUGUGUUCACGAGCUUAUUGUCAUGAUUGUCAAGUUCAUCAUGCACAACAACAUACAUUAUCAUCAUUACAAGAUACAAUCGAUAGUGCAAGACAAUUAACAAAACAAUUUUUAAUUGAAUCCCAAACAUUAUUAUAUCAUUUGGAUGAAUCAUUAAAACAAUCAACACGUACAAUAGAAAAUAUAUCAAUAAAAAGUUCAACAAUUGAAAAUGAAAUACGUACUAUGAUAAAAUAUUUUCUUGAUAUACUUUCACAACGACAAGAUUUUCUAUUAAAAAAUGUCGAUAAAAUACAAACUAUGAAAACACAAACUCUACAAAGACAAAUUAAUGAAUUAAAUCAAGUUAUUAAACAAUUACAUUUGACUAUACUUGAUUGUAAUGAAUGUUUAAAAAAUGGUAAUGAUGCUGAUUUAAUACGUAUAAGGACUCGUUUAUGGAAUGAAACCAUUAAAAUGAAACAAACAUUAUUAUUAUAUUUAAAACCUAUUGAAGAUGAUUAUAUACAAUUUCAAGGUUCUCCAAGUUUAAUUAAUAAAUCUUUAAUAAAUUAUGGACAAUUAAUAAGUUCAACAUAUCCACCAUUAUGUGAAUUAUAUGGUGAUUCACUUUAUUAUACUAUUCGUAAUCGUUUAACUGUUUUAAAUUUACAAACACGUAAUCAUUUAGGUGAAUUACGUACAACAGGUGGUGAUAAUAUUCAAUGUUGUUUAAUUGAUACAGGUACAAAUCAAACAAUUCCAUGUGAUAUAUAUGAUCGUCAAAAUGGACAAUAUUUUAUAACAUAUAUUACUCAAAGUGAUAAUUUACAUAUAUUAAAUGUAUAUGUUAAUAAUGCCCCAAUAAAAGAUAAUCCAUUUCGUAUACAAAUCAAACAAAAUCGUAAUUAUUCAACACUUGGUUUAAAAUCAGAAUUUGAAAUUGGUGGUGAAGGUGAUCAAGAUGGUAAAUUAUGUCGACCAUGGGGUAUAUGUUGUGAUAAUCAAUCGAAUAUAAUUGUUGCUGAUCGAUCAAAUAAUCGUAUACAAAUUUUUACAAAACAUGGACAAUAUUUAAGAAAAUUUGGUGCACAAGGUAAUCGUCCUGGACAAUUUGAUCGACCAGCCGGUGUUGCAUUUGAUAAACAAUUAAAUCGUAUUGUUGUUACAGAUAAAGAUAAUCAUAGAAUACAAGUUUUUACAUCUAUUGGAGAAUAUAUAUUUAAAUUUGGUGAAAAAGGUACAAAACCCGGUCAAUUUAAUUAUCCAUGGGAUGUAGCUGUAUCAUCAUCAUCACAAAUUUUAAUAUCAGAUACACGUAAUCAUCGUAUACAAUUAUUUUCAAAAGAUGGUCUAUUUUUACGUAAAUAUGGUUUUGAUGGUCCUAUAUGGAAACAAUUUGAUUCUCCACGUGGAGUCGUUUUUACGCAUGCCGGUCAUAUAAUUGUAUCAGAUUUUAAUAAUCAUCGACUAUUAUUUAUUUCCUCAGAUUUUCAAAAUGCAAGAUUUUUAGGUAGUGAAGGUUCAGGUAAUGGACAAUUUUUACGUCCACAAGGUGUUGAUAUUGAUGCUGAAGGAAAUAUAAUUGUUGCUGAUUCAAGAAAUUAUCGCGUGCAAAUCUUUUCAUCACAAGGUGUUUUUAAGACUAAAUUUGGUACACAAGGUUCAGGUCCUUUACAAAUGGAUAGACCAAGUGGAUUAUGUGUUACACCUGAUGGUCUUAUUCUUGUUGUUGAUUUUGGUAACAAUCGUAUUCUUGCCUUUUGA